AUGGAGAAGAAAUACCCACUAAUAGCAGGAAGAGAAAAAGGGCCGGGGCCCGGGCGAUACGGGCUCCCUCCCACCAUUGGGUUUAUGGGCCAUGACUUCACCAAGUCCACCAGCCCCGCCUACUCCUUCCAUGGCAGGAUGAGUGACACCAUGUAUUGUGUCGACUCAAGUCCAGGGCCGCAGUACCGCGUUGAUGCAAAAAUCACCCGCUUUGGGAGGGACGGCACGCCUGCUUACUCCAUGCUGGGCCGAUCCAAGGCACAGAAGGAGCUUUUCCAGACACCUGGCCCAGGAGCAUACAGCCCUGAGAAAACCCCCCCAUGCAACCUGCAGCGCAGACCCCCCUCCUACACCAUGGGCUCCCGUACUCACUACCGGAGUGUGGACCCAGUACCGGCUCCGAACAAGUACUGUCUCCCUUCUCUCAUGGGCCCUCAGGUCCCAAACAAGCAGGCGAGCGCAAGCUACACAAUGUCAGGUAGUUACAGCGCAGGGGGGCCGUCAGUGGAUCUAGCCCAGACCCCGGGGCCGUGCAGGUACAACAGCACAGACCCCAGUGUGUAUCUGCCCAGACAGCCGGCCUUCUCCAUGCUGGGACGCCACAGCUUACCUAAAGAUGCCACCAAGAAACCCGGACCAGGAACUUAUAAUCCAGAGAAAGUGACGGUUCACAAGGCCCGGGCCCCUGCCUUCUCCCUGGGCGUCAGACACUCAGAGUUUGUUACUCCCCUGGUUGUCUAUGUUUCUGACUGA